CAAUAGUCGAAACGACCUUCAGAAGUGGUGAACGUGUUUCUGUUCUUGUUCUAUUUGGUCUUGAAUUCAUUCGCCACUGCCACUGGUAUUAAAGAAAGAUGCAUGGACUUUCUUCUAUCAUUUUUACCGUCUUAACAUUUUUCGUGACUUCAACGUCAACUCAGGAGAUUGUCCUCCAGGGAAAUGUUUACAUAGAGGGUGUGUUUACAGUGUAUGAAAACGAGGCUGGUGGGUGUGGCAAAACACUUCCAUUCUCGGUGCAACAUAUCGAAGCUGUUACCUGGCAACUGCGCAAACUGAACAACGGUGUAGGUCUCCGGGUAUGGGCAACGUGUGGUUCGCUGGCAAGAGCCAGACAGAUUGCGUACAACAUUUCGCUACAACUAGAUGAUGCCGCUUCGGACACACUUGCCGUACUUGGUCCGGAGAACUCGGAGGAAGCAGAAGUAGUUUUCAGGCUUCUCGGUGAUCUUCCUGCAAGCGUCCGCCCCCUCCACAUUUCUUUCAGCGCCGAUGGCGAUGUUUUCACUGACAAGGAUGCGUUCAACAACUUCUUUCGAGUAAUUCCACCAGAAACAGCUACUGUUGAGUCCGUUGCGAAGUUUCUUUCCGAAAUGCUUUGGACGUACGUUGCCGUGUUUCACGACAACAGUACACAGAGUUUGUCAAGACUGGAGUAUUUGAAAGAACUUGUAAUGAGCAAUGGGAUUAUAACAUGCUUUCCAAGAGUGUUUGUAAGGAAUGGAGAAGCACUGACAAACAUUGAAGAUGAUUUGAAAGAAAUAUACGAGGCGGAUAAAAGAAUCAACGGCGUACUGAUAUUGGGUGGCGUUGAACUUUGGCAAACGGUUUCGGCGGCAAUAGAUAGUAAAGUUGCAAGUACGAACUCGAGCUACGAACGACCAGUGGUUUUGUUCAUUACAGACUCUAACUUAAGCCUUCAGGCGACAGAAGAUCCGUCGGUUUCUGAGAAAGGCCUGUACAUUUCUAGUCCUCGAACAAUUGAGUUAACGUCAUUUAAAGAAGGUUGGACCGAGUUAUUGACAAACAGCACCAAUGGGACAUCUUAUGUUCAAACCAUGAUUGAGCAACAUCACGCUGUCCUGUGCACAGCAGUUGCAAGCGAUGUUUGUACAGCAAAGGCCCUGAAACUCUUCCCUCUAUCCGUCCAUUCACCAUAUGCAAUUCUCGCAACGCUGCUUAUUUCAAACGUAUUCAAAAACAUGUGUCCAUCAUAUAAACUAUCAUGCAUAAAUAUCAAAGGACGACAGUCGCUAAUAACAAAUAUGGAGAAGUCAUUUAGCUUCGAGGCUCGAGAUUUUUCUACGCUGCUUCGAUUCUCGUUUCAAAAGGGCUCUCCGGAAAUUCAGAUAUCGCAUGUCUCAGACAAAUUCUACGGCAGUGUUAUUUAUAAUAAAGUACGAUCUUCAAACACCACACCUGAUUGGAAAUUUAUUGAGGCAUUGGAAUACUCCACUCAAACAAAGGAAUACAUUUUUCGCUCGGAGAACAUACGGCAAUACACAACUAACGGCAAGGAACAUGUUUACCCCGACGUCCUCCGACCAGAAUGCCCCGACGGACGGCAGUGCACCGAGUGCCCUAUGAGAGAAUCACCACCGAUCGAUGUUACAGAGGGAGAUAUGUAUAUCGUCGGCAUAGUCCCCGUUCAUACUACGUCCGGUAAUGCGUUACAAUGUGGUAACGUCAAACAAGGCGGUGUGGACGUCGCUGAAAGCAUCAAAGCGACGGUAAUGGAGGCGAAAAAAAAGUAUAUUACUGAAAUCCCUAAUGCAAACAUUGGCGUCAUCAUAAUUGACUCUUGCAAUGAUCCACAAGUAGUAGCAGCUAGAUUGCUUCAAUUGCUUAAUCAGGGAAUAUAUGAAAACGGUGGAUUUAAAAAGGUGAGGUCAAACAUAUUGGGGUACAUUGGAGGAUGGACAAGCGACAAUAGCAUGCAGGUUGCGUCAAUCUUAACCAGAAUAAAGUCAGUGCAAGUUUCUUACGGAAGUACAAGUCCAGCAUUAAGUAAUAGAAAUCAAUUCCCCUUCUUCAUGCGUAUGAUUCCGAAUGAUCUUUAUCAAGCACAAAAAAUGAUAGAAAUCGUCAAGAAACUUGGCUCCAAUCUGAUUCAGGUGCUUUAUUCGGACACCGCAUACGGUAGAGGGGGUAAAGAUGCUGUUGUUUCUCAAGCUGUGGCACACAAUAUUUGUGUUGGACAAGUUGUUAUGGUAGAACAGAAGUCGGAUGUAGAUUUGGAUGCCAUUGUAAGCGAACUGGAACAAGAGAACAUGCCGAAGAUAAUAAUGGUGUACCUCAGCUCCUUUGAUGUAGUGAAACUGAUUGGAUCAUUGAAAACCAUGAAAGGCUUCAUCUUUAUUGCAUCAGAAGGAUGGGGAAAUAGAGACAUCAUUACAGGUGCGAACAACUUGGAAGGGUCUAUAACACUUGCACACGAAUUGCGGAUUCCGGAGUACAUAAAUGAACACAUUGAAGAAAUUUCAAAAGCUGAGAAAAAGUCGGCUUGGCUCACGGAAUAUAUGGAAGACUAUUUCGAUUGCUAUUAUGAAUGGAGCUUUGAUAAAACGAAAGGCGAUGCAAAAUGCAGCUCAUCCCAAUACCUGAAAGCUGAAAACUGUUACCGCGUCACGCCGGAUCAGCGUUGCUUUAAGGUGGAGACGUGGUCGCCUUUCGCCGCCAUCGGCGUCGAGACGCUACUGAAGGGUGCAAAAUUGGCGCUAAAUGAACUAUGUAACAGCAAUACGUCCACCAUUUGUGAAGAGUAUCUAAGACAACCGGAAGUGCUCAUGAAACACGUGCUUAAACAAAAAUUCGCCGUUUCCGGAACAUCGCUUAAAUCCGUAUACAAUGUUACGAGUCACGAUGGGCUUAUUGACCUGAACACGUACCAGAUAAAGAAAGAUGACAAGGGCGUAUAUUAUGAUCAGCUUGAAGAAGAGUGGGCGUAUGCGUUCAGGGAGUCAACAUGUGACAAAAUUAAUAACCCUGAGUGCAGUAUUUGCUUUAGUGAUCCAACAACUACACCAAGCCCGCCACCUGCUGACAAUUCAAAACAGGCUUACAUAACUGCAACAUUCGUUACAGCGAGCUUUUGUUGUAUGUUGCUCUUGGUGCUGAUAGUCACCUUGUGUAAAGUGGUUCAAGGCAGGAGAAAGCGAGCAGCACGACGACAGACCUACUUGACGCCAACAAUGGGUGACGACGGGUACCUCUCAACAAUCGACGUCCAGCGUAGGUCUUCCGUUGGCGACUUUUCCGGUGGUAUAUUUAAUGAGGAUGUCAACAUCAGUGGUGACUCGGCCUCAAACAAUACAACGCCACAAGGACACGCCAGUAACACCAGUCUGAACAAUCUUAACAACAGCUGUUAUCCCCCUCGGCCUUACAUAGGGGCAGCGCAACAAAACAAAUAUGUUUAAGGAGUAAUGGUUUUAUAAUGUGUUUUUUUGUAAAACGAAGGCAUAAAACAGAUAUGCAUUUCUUUUCGCAUGCGCACAUAAUGUAAAUGGAAGUUUGCGUUCGCACAUAUUUCUGUGCACAUCUUUUCUUUUCUAUCGAUUAUGCUGAGGAUCAUGUUUUAUGUUACGUAUUUUUGUUUAAUACAUGGUCAUGACACUUUAUCAGAUAUAUGUCUGCGACAAUUUUUCUAAAUACCUGACAUAUUUUGAAUGCAGACCUAUGCACUGAAUGCUAUAGAGACCAGCGUGCGCAAACUCUUUAACAUCUAAACCAUAAUGAACCACCCCAAGACAGCUAGGUGCGGCGAUGACGUCGCCCUUUUUUCCAUUUGGUUAAUAAACCGAACAUGCAAUGGAUGACAAAAAUAUACUUGGAUAGGCAUUCACAAAUUAAAAUCAAACAACUUUUUUUUGGCAUACAGUUUAGGCGAUAUGUUGUUUCGAUAAACGUGUUGUGGUACAUGGUUUACGUUAGGCAUUGAUCUAGUACAUUAUUAAGGGUCUUCCUUAAAUGUGUAGCUUCUGGAUUAGUACUGUGGUUGAUUCUUACUACUGUUUGCAUAUGAACUAAGAAUCCAAUGUCUCGAAUUAUUGAAUGAUCGUCGCUUUACCCCGACAAUCAUACCAAGUGAAUUUUUAAUUAAGUUCAACUUCUAUAGCCUAGCCAAUUGGUUCAAAAUGGCUUUUCGGUCGUGGUUUUUUUUAGUUGAUUGACGAGUGUUAGUUUCUAAUUUUAAUUGCAAACGGUAGCAUAACGCUUAUUACCCCCAUAAUGACCUUCCUGGGGGUUUUGUAUGUUCGUUUUCAUUAUAUACUCAUUUUCUUGAUAUGAUGUAACACAAAUAAUCGGUACAUUUUGUGUGUGACAUCAUCUUAUAUAAAUACUCAAUACAUUUGGUAUGUGACAC